UCGAGACUCGCGAGAAAGGUUGAUUACUGUCAUGACAAUGAGGGUUAUGAUUUCAACCAUUGAAGGGGAGUUCCUUAUAGAUGUAGGUCACAAGGAAACCAUUCUUGAAGUGAAGCACAAGAUUGAACAGCUCUUGGGUGUCCCAGUUGCUUUCCAGACACUAUCAAUCUAUGGGUUGGAGCUCAUAGAUGGACUUGACAUGGGAGAUUACCCAUUUGUACUUGAAGGCACCAAAAUUGAUCUCACCAUUGCACCUCUACAACCUCCUUCACAGUCUGAUACUAUGAUUCAGAUUACCAUUAAAACAUCAUCCAAGAAGAUACAUAUGGAGGUGGACAGAACAGAAACUGUUAGAAGCUUGAAGGAGAAAAUUCAUAUACUUGAUGGCAUUCCAAUCAAAAGAUUAAUGUUGCACUUCUCUGGCAUAGAGAUGGGAGAGGAAUUCCGCAGCUUAAGUGAAUAUGGCAUCUGUGAUCAAUCAGAAAUCAUUGGUUUCCUGAAAAACACAAAUCGUUCAAUAACUGAGCCUCCCUCGAAACGGUUGAGUGUGUUGGUUCAGACUUCUUCUUGUUUGCUUAAUUCCGCGAGUAUUCCCUUGGAGAUCAAAGAUACUUCCACCGUCAAUGAGUUGAGGAAAAUAUUGUUGGAUGGUAAGGUUUUACCAGCUGAUGAUUACUUCUUUAUCCACAAACAAAGGAUCAUGCGAGACAGUUUCAAUCUCCGUUGGCAUGGAGUCGAAAAUGGUGAUUCUUUAUAUGUGUUCAAAGGAACUGUGAGUCGCGGACAUUGAAUCUCAAGCCACCUUAGAUGACAUUGUUUAGCUAUUUCAAUGGAGCUCAUAGUUUAGUUUAAGGUUAGGAUCAUUAGGGUAAAAAAUAAAUAGAUGAAAAUAUUUUUCUU